UUUAACAUGAAGCCAUACGGAGGGAGGAUUGACAGAAGGCAAUUCAUUAUGUCAAAAUUAUCGAACAGUCUUAAAGCGCUAAUUAACAGCCCCAGUGCCCGUCCGGGUACUGUGCCUGCUCCGCGCAACAUUCAAUCCGUCUUUCACAAGAUACAACAGGAUGCUGAAUCCAACAAUGUCUCGCAGCCUUCAUGGGUGGCUUUAUCAGUCGGUCAACAGCAGCCACAAUGACCAUGAACUCCCCCGACACCCUCGGCAUCCUCUUCAACCAGGCAACCUCGGCCUCGCAAUCCGCCGAAGAAAGUGUAGCAACCGCAGAACUCAUGCGCGAAAUCGGCCUGAAAUGCAUCAGUUUCAACGGUAUUCCGCGCACUAUCAACUGUCUUAACGCCUUCAAAUCUGGCCUCCCCGAGUCCGUCGCCGCGAAGCUCUCGAAAACCCCGACCCGCACGCCCACGGUCGAGAAUAUCAAUGAGAUUCGCGAGCGCGGAAGGGAUCUCUGGGACUCGAUCUAUCGGCCGUUCGAGAACAAGUUGUAUGAAAAGCUUGCGGAUGCACAUCCGGAUUUGCCGGUGCAUAUCUUAAAUGGGAACUAUGGGGCGUUAUUGUCGGAUCCUGCGGGGAGGUCAACGGGAGCGAAUGCCGGGAGAGUGUUGACUUCCAUUGUGGCUGUUGCUUGUUUGCGUGCGCAGACGGGUGUUGGGCCGCAGGUUACGUCGCAUGUGUUUGGACUGCGGAAGGCUCUUGAGGAUGGAACGUGGGAGAAUGAUGUUGAGGGUGAGAAGGGGGCUAAGUGGUUGGCUAGUGAUGAGGGUAAUACCUGGAUUUUGAACAGCGUUGAUCGGAUUGUCGAGUCGAUUAGCCAGGGUGGGGAAACGAAUUUUGCGCCCGGCAGAACCUUUAAGCUGUAAAUAAGAGGCACUGUUUUGUAUAUACGCGAUCUUGUGUAUUUUGUAGUCAAAAUAAACUGAUGGAUAUCCCAUAUGUACAUCGUCUUAUACACUAUCAUAUAUGUCCAUGAACAUGAACUGCUAUGUUAUACUGCUUAUUCCAUGACUUCCAAAUGGUCCGCGACAGUAAACUCGGCACCUGUCUUGCUCCGGACUUCCUCAACCUCCACACCAGGGGCCA